AUGCUCACCCAAUCAGCGUGCGCUCCUGGAAGGCGGGAAUUACAGAAGAGCCCAAAAGCCACGCCCCAUUUACCAAAACCAACCAAUCACCUCGAAGACCACGCCCCCUCACACCGCCCCCCGUCUCCAGGACGACGCCCGCCGCCAUUUGGGCGUGAGGCGGCGCCGCGGCAACUUCCGGCCAGGCCCAGCCCCGCUCCCCCAGCCCAGCCCCGGCCCCGCGGAGCUCCUGCGGCGGAGGUGGAGCGGGACGCGCAGGGUCCCCCCGCGGCGGCCGCGGCCGCCAUGGCCGCCGUGUGGCAGCAGGUGCUGGCCGUGGACGCGCGGUGAGCUCGGGGGG